AUGGAGCAGAUAUCCUGCAGUCCCAACACCCAACAGCCUGCAACUGUGCCUCAGUCAGUAGCCACUGUAGGGUGUGGGACAGCAGCUGGAAUGAGAGUGUCAGUGCCUUUUGCAGGAUCAGGAGGACCAGGGGCUGACACCAGGCCAGACUGGUCCACACUUAUGCUACGGGGCUCCUUCUACCAUCCCAGUACACUGGCGCUGGUCACCAGAGCAAAGCCCCGUCCCCGUACUUCCCCCAGCUCAGGUGACUUUGUGUGCUCAGUGUGCCACAAGAUAUUCCCUCUGCAGCGCAUGUUGACCCGACACUUGAAGUGCCACAGCCUGGUGAAGAGACAUCCUUGUCGAUUUUGUGGCAAAGGAUUCAACGAUACCUUCGACCUCAAGAGGCAUAUGCGAACACACACAGGUAUACGUCCCUACAAGUGUGAGCUAUGUGAGAAAGCCUUCACACAGCGUUGCUCUCUGGAGUCCCACAUGAGGAAGAUUCACGGUGUUCACCAACAGUAUGCCUACCGCCAGAGACGCUCCAAGAUCUUUGUAUGUGAGGACUGUGGUUACACCUCAAGCCGCCCUGAUGAGUAUUUCCUUCAUGUAAGACAGUGCCACCCUGGCAGUCCCGCCCUCCGAAGGUACUACCGCCGCCAGGUCCAUGAGAACAGCAGCUUUGCUUCAGAAGACAGUAAACUCAACCCCUAUUUGCUGUACUCAGCCCCUGCAUACUAUAUGUAG